AUGGAGUCUGUCAACAGGACCGUGGUCUCUCAGUUCUUCCUGAAGGGAUUUUCUGGCUACCCAGUCCUGGAGCAUCUGCUCUUCCCACUCUGCUUAGCCAUGUACCUGGUGACCCUGCUGGGGAACACGGCCAUUGUGGCAGUGAGCAUCCUCGACGCCCGCCUGUACACACCCAUGUACUUCUUCCUGGGCAACCUCUCCAUCCUGGACAUCUGCUACACAUCCACCUUUGUGCCUCUGAUGCUGGUUCACCUCCUGUCAUCUCAGAAGACCAUCUCCUUUAUUGGCUGUGCCAUCCAGAUGUGUCUGAGUCUGUCCACGGGCUCCACAGAGUGCCUGCUGCUUGCCAUCAUGGCCUAUGACCGCUGUCUGGCCAUUUGCCGACCACUCAGGUACCCCGUGCUCAUGAGUCCCCGGCUCUGCUUGCUGCUGGCGGGAGCUGCCUGGGUGCUCUGCCUCCUCAAGUCAGUGACUGAAACAGUCAUCGCCAUGAGGCUGCCAUUCUGUGGCCACCACAUGGUUAGUCACUUCACCUGUGAGAUCCUGGCAGUGCUGAAGUUGGCCUGUGGUGACACGUCAGUCAGCGAGGCCUUCCUGCUAGUGGGUGCCAUCCUGCUGCUGCCUGUGCCCCUGACCUUUAUCUGCCUGUCCUACAUGCUAAUCCUGUCCACCAUCUUGAGGGUACCCUCAGCUGCCGGCCGCCGCAAAGCCUUCUCCACCUGCUCAGCACACCUGGCUGUGGUGUUGCUUUUCUAUGGCACUGUCAUCUUCAUGUACAUGAAACCCAAGAGCAAGGAGGCCCGCAUCUCUGAUGAGGUCUUCACAGUCCUCUAUGCUGUGGUCACACCCAUGCUUAACCCCGUCAUCUACAGCCUACGGAACAAGGAGGUGAAGGAGGCUGUCAGGACAGUGUGGGGCAGGAGAAAGGCCUGUAGGUGA